UGCCGCUCGCAGGGAGCCAUCCUGCGCGUCCCGAGCCGCGGCCGCAGCGGGAGCUGGCAGGGGGCUCCGGCCCGGCACGCAGUCGCCUCCCGCGGGCCUCCGGGCCUCCGCAGCGCCAGCCUCGCCCGCCCGGCCCCGGCAGGCGCCGCAGCCCGUGGCCUGGGCAGGAGCGGCCCCGCCAGCUGCGCCCUGCCCGGGACGCACGCCGGACCGCCCCGUCACGUGCGCCCAAGUCCUCGGCCGGCCGGGGCAGCGCCGUUCCCAUGGUUCAAGGCUGUUGAUGGAGAAAGGGGCGGAUGACAGCCGGGACGGUGGUCAUCACUGGGGGCAUCUUGGCGACUGUGAUUCUGCUCUGUAUCAUCGCUGUUCUGUGCUACUGCCGGCUUCAGUACUACUGCUGCAAGAAGGACGAGUCAGAGGAGGACGAGGAGGAGCCUGACUUCGCUGUGCACUCGCACCUGCCCCCGCUGCCCGGCAGCCGCAACCUCGUGCUCACCAACGGGCCGGCGCUCUACCCGGCGGCCUCCACCUCCUUCAGCCAGAAGACCCCGCAGGCCCGCGCCCUGUGCCGCAGCUGCUCCCACUACGAGCCGCCCGCCUUCUUCCUGCAGGAGCCCGAGGACGAGAGCGUGCGCAACGGCGGGGAGCGCGUGGCCUACCAGAGCGUGGGCCAGGAGGACUCGGAGCUGCCGCCCGGGGGGCUGGGGGGCCUGCAGGCGCUCAACCCCAACCGCCUGUCGGCCAUGCGGGAGGCCUUCUCCCGGAGCCGCAGCAUCAGCACCGAUGUCUGAGCCCCACACCAUGGCGUGGGAGGGUGGCAUCCCCCUGGCGCGUCGGCCCGGGGCCAGGCCAGGACCGGGGCUCAGCCCGGCCCUCCUCGUCUCCCUGCCAGCCAUGGGGGCCCAUUGGGAAGCUCCGCAGCCCCCCACAGGGAUAGCACCCAGGGAGCGCUUGCCUGGCCGCCGGGGGUAGGGGCGGCAGGCGAGGCAGGGCUCGGGGGCGGGGGUACCAGGCUCCUGACCCCGGAGUUGCUGUCCAGUAAAGCUGCAGCAGAGGGUAGCCCCGACCUCGGCCCCGGUAACAUCGCCAUCCCCGGCUGCAAGGCCGGACCCUGACACCCCCUCCCCCUCCCUGUUCAAGGAAGAGGUAGCAACGGCGAUGCCCCUGGUCCAGUAGCAAUUGCAGACCAGUGUUCUGUCCUGGAAAGGGGGCCGCUGCCUUUUCCGGCCCCCCUCACACAUGCACCCCUGGCUUCAGGUGCCAAGCGGCUGAGACACUCUUUGGGCUGGCCUCUCUGCGGAUGCCCUAGAAGAGUUUUGGGGGCAGCCAGGCCCCUGAGAUUCAUAGCCCCAACUGACUUUCUGGUGGAAGAGGGAGGUCACGUGCCAACCACCUGCUUCAGGAGUAUCCAGGCUAAAAUACGUGCCCUGCUCCGAAGCCCUGGUGUAUAGGCAGACAGAGCGAGGAUCAGCCUCCCCAUGAAGCCUGGGACCAGGCCCUCCUACCCACUGGGCCAUCAGGCUCUGGUCCCCAGGGGAGACAGCCCCGAGCCCUCCCACCCGCCCCGUUUCUCAGGAGAAUCCCAGAGCAAGGCCCCAAAUCCUGCCCUCGCUCCAUGGAAGAGCUCAGUGAGCCCACUGUCCACCCAGCUCCCAGCAGGGCCGGGGUCUCCUGGGAGCCCACUCUCCAGCUCCCUCUCUCUGGCCGAGAAGGUGAUGCCCAAUGGCCACCCCUGGGAAAUGUGCCAGACCCAGAGGCCUGGGCCUGGGGAACGCAGCUUCCUGACCUGGCUGGAGGCAGCAGGGCCCCAGAGCCCCCUGCCCUCUCAGGGCCCCCUUGGAGCCCUCAGGGGAUGGUAGCUCCUUUCUGCCAGGGAGACAAGCUCCUCUGCUAAGCCACCUUCCUAAAGUCAAACAAAUCUUUGAGGGUCCCUGAGCCGCAGACAGCCUGAGCACCUGCCUCUUGCUGAAAGCUCUGAAGAGUCGAGUUGUCUGGACGUGAGCAGUUAAGGAACACUUACUAUUUUUAGCUUUCUGGAUUUUUUUUUUUCCUCCUUCUUUCUCCUCCUGCCUCAGUUUGGACACGCGAAUGGAAUCCAUCCCUGAAUUCCCCAAGGCCCAGCUCUCCCUCCUUUGUGGAAUCCCAUGAGUUUGUUUUGUGUACUUGCUUGGGGGGGGGGUGGGCUGG